AUGGAGGAACAACGCCGGGAAGACAGAGCUGAGUUUCGUGCUCUGUUAACCAGCCUCACUUCUUCCCAGGGCGCGCCCGGUGCGGCUCCGACGAACCCCCAGACGCUUGGGAGUCCUGGCGGUGCACAGAGCGGCUCCGGUACCCACCCACCUGUGCAGAAAGCAGCUGUCACACCUCCGCCGCCACUGUCACACGACGUGACGUACCAAGUGUUUCGUGAGUGGAGGAGACGUUGGGAGGACUACGCGACGAUGAUCGACCUGCCCAGCCUGACGCUGCCUAAACAGAGGAUCCAGCUACGUAUGUGCCUCACUCUGGAGACGCAGAGGGUGUUAGAGCACACAUUACAGGUGUCGCCUACCUCUCUCAAGCCAGUUGAUGAAGUGCUUGACAUUCUCCAGGCUCAUAUACGUGACUCCAACAACGAGGCAUUGCGUCGGCGAGCCUUCACUAGCUGUCGGCAGGCGAGAGGCGAGCCCUUCUCCGAGUUUCUCGUCCGACUGAAGAGCCUGGCGGAGGAAUUCGACAUCUGUAAGGCUCACCACCUGGACUGUGAAGAGGCCUGGAUGAAGCACGGUAUCCUGACAGGCGUCCACGACGAGGAAUUGGUGACCAAGAUUGUGUCCCUCGACGCCGCCUCUACUCUUGCUGACGUCAUCAAUGUAUGCAGGGCCCACGAGGCGACGCGGUCAGCCGCCUCUGCCAUACGUGCCUCACCUACAGUGUCUGCUGUCUCAACGUAUAAACAGACGAAGAAAGCAGCACACAAACCUGGAGUCCCCCCUCGCCAACCUUCACCCACUCAUCGGGCGCCUACCUCCUGCAGCAGCUGCGGCAGGCGAGACCACGGCCCGAAGGGCUGCCCAGCAACAGGUGUUACGUGCAGAGGUUGUGGGAAGACUGGCCACUACGCUUUGAUGCCCAAGUGCCCAGCCAGGCAGUCUACGUGCACUGCUUGUAACCGUCUGGGGCACCUGGAGAAAGUCUGCAAGCAAACCAAGGCAAGGAGGUCUCAUGAGGGCCCACCUGAGGCCUCAUGUCAGUCUCCUAUCAGUACUCGUGAUGACCCGACACCUCCUCCUACUGUACGAGUGGAAGUGUUGCAUGACGGUCACUCUGGUGGUCUGGACUUCAUUCCCGACACUGGUGCCGACACGACGGUCAUCGGCCCACAGCACUUGAGAAUGUUGGGCAUCGACAGACAGGCUCUUGGUCCUCCUCCAUCCCUUGCCUACUACAACGCUGAUGGGACGAAGAUGUCUGCUGCCCUCGGUUCGCUCCAGGCCACACUAGUUUACGGCGAGCUGUCUUGUACGGGCUGGAUAGAUGUGCAGGGUUCGUGGAACACCCCACUUCUGUCCCGUGAACACUGUCGUGCUUUGGGGAUCGUGCCUCACGACUUCCCUGCUCAGAUUUUCUCAGCACGAGGCAGUGUCGCCAGUGUAAGGGAGGCGACAAACGCUCCAGCUCCACGUUCCAGCGUGCCUGCGUUACCUCUUCUCAGCACCACUUCCCCAGACGCAGCGAAGGAGUACUUCUUGAGGGAGUACCAGGAUGUCCUCUUGACAAAGGAUUCCACACAGGAUGCUCCACUCAAGCCGAUGUCUGGACCGCCGAUGAGGAUCCACUUACGAGACGACGCCCAGCCGUUUGCUGUCCACACGCCGAGGCUUAUUCCUUUGGCCUACAGGGACGCAGUGAAAGCUGAGCUGGACUCUAUGGUGGCACGAGGCGUUAUUGCUCCUGUUGGUGACGUCCCAUCUUAUUGGUGCCAUCCGAUGGUUGUUGUGCCGAAACCUGGUGGAGGUGUCAGGAUCACUACGGACCUGAGUAAGUUGAACGCACAAAUACCCUUGCAUGAGGACGACCAGGCCCUGACUACGUUCAUCACUCCAUAUGGGCGCUUCAAGUACCUCCGAGGUCCCAUGGGUUUCGCAGCCACAGGCGACGCCUUCUGCCUCCGAGGAGACAUCGCGCUACAGGGAGUGCCACAGUGUGUCAAAGUCGUGGAUGACAUUCUCGUGUACGACGAGGAUUACUUCACACAUCUACGCCACGUUAACGACAUCUUGGCCAGAUGCCGAGCCCAUGGCAUCACUUUAAAUGCCAAGAAGUUUGUGCUGGCGGCUCCAUCAGUGUCCUUCUGCGGCUACAGGCUCUCCCAUGACGGCAUCGCAGCAGACCCUGACAAGGUUCGGGCCAUCACUGAGUUUGCUACGCCUGCUACGUUGACCGACCUUAGGUCCUUCAUGGGCCUUGUCAACCAGCUCGCCAGCUUCUCGCCCGACCUCGCUGCCACUGCUGCGCCUCUACGCCCACUUUUGAGCCCCAAGAAGUCGUUUGUGUGGACGCCCGACCAUGAGCAAGCCUUCCAACGUGUGAAGAUGGCCUUGGCCAGCCCACCAGUCCUUGCUGCCUUUGACCCUGCUCUCCCUACGACUCUGCAGACCGAUGCUUCCCGCCUGUAUGGGCUGGGUUAUGCCCUACUGCAGGACCACGGUGGUGGACAGCAGCGUCUCGUCCAGUGCGGCUCACGUUUCUUGACGGAUACAGAGACCCGAUAUGCGACGAUCGAGUUGGAGAUGUUAGCUGUCGUAUGGGCCAUGGGGAAGACCAAGUUCUACCUCACAGGAUUGCAACACUUUAACCUCGUCACCGAUCAUCGCCCUCUAGUUCCCAUCCUAAACAGCUACUCCCUUGACGCUAUAGAGAAUCCACGUCUACAACGCCUCAAGGAGAAGAUCGCCCGUACAUCUUCACAGCUGUAUGGCGCCCGGGCAAGGAGUUGUGCUGACGAAGUCCUUGGCACUGAUACCGGCUUCCAAGUUAGGAGUAUCGCUACACUACGUGCGAUGGAGUCUCUUGCUCCGUUGGUGCCUCCUGAUGUUGCAGAAGCACCUCCUGGCAGUGACCUUGCCCUUGAGGAGCUUCGUAAGGUGGCAACCGAGGACCCCGAGUACGUCCAGCUCCUUCAUUUUGUGAAGAACGGAUUCCCUAUGGACAGGUACGCCCUCCCCAACGUGCUCCGCCCGUACUGGAAGUUACGGGAGGACCUCUACUGUGAUGAGGAUCUCGUCCUGUACGGUGCACGAGUGUUGGUGCCUACAGCCCUACGUCGCCGUGUCUUGGCCCGCCUGCACGACAGCCAUCGUGGUGUCGAAGCCACCAAGCGCCGUGCUAGGCAGGCUGUGUUCUGGCCAGGCGUGGAUGCAGACAUUGCCAACACUGUUCGAGCAUGUGAGCCGUGCCAGAUUCUGCAGCCCAGUCAACAGCAAGAACCAAGACUCUAUCGUCUGUCCGGCUGGCCUGUCGUCGUGUCCUGUGGCGCUGAUACGACGUCUGCUGCCACCAUUCGCCACUUCCGCCGCCUCUUCAGGGACCUGGGUGUUCCUGUACGCCUGCGCACGGACGGUGGCCCACAGUUCGCCAGCCGGGAGUUUUCUACGUUCCUCGAGCGCUGGGGAGUCCGUCACGACACAUCGACGCCCCAUUACCCACAGUCUAACGGCCAUGCCGAGUCUGCAGUGAAGGCCGUGAAGCACUUCAUCCAGAAGGUGGCACCGUCUGGCAAUAUAGACUGUGAGGCGUUCGACAGGGGUCUCCUGGAGCUUCGGAACACCCCCAACCAGACGGGUCGCUCUCCAGCUCAAGUCCUGUAUGGUCGCCCUUUACGCUCUUGCGUCCCCGCACAUGCCAGCGCCUUCCAGAAACAGUGGCAGGCCAGGGACGAGAGUUGCGACCGUCGAGCUGCUGCCCGUCUCCGUGAUGCCACAAGUCGCUACGACGCUCACGCUCGGCCUCUUCCACCCCUGCAGCGAGGUGACGUGGUUCGGAUCCAGGACCCGACUACGCAGCGGUGGGACAAGGUUGGCACCAUCAUGGGCGUUGGCAGGUCACGGGAUUACCUGCUCAAGAUGCCCAGUGGCCGAGUGUGGUGGAGGAACAGGCGCUUCCUCCGCCCUGCUCCACCCUAA